GCGCGAGCGCCUCGAGUUCACCACCACGUCACGUCACGUCACGUCACACCUCACGUCACAUCGCGUCUCGUCUGGUCUCGUCUCGCUUCCUCGCCUCUUGGCGUGCACGACCGGUCCGUCGACGACGCUAAAAAUCGUCCGGGACGACAAGCAAAUAUGUGAGCGGUAACGUCCGUAAUCGAGUUGCUAUGCAUCAGUGAGAUCGGUUGAGAGAGAAAGAGAGAAGGGGAGAGAGAAAGAGAAGCAGUUUCGUGUCGCGUCGUUCCCGGCGGGUACUCUCCAUUCUUCUUUUGAUCUUCAACCGGGAGGCGCCCCGACGAGGAGGAUAUUCACGAGGAGCCGGACGCGAGGAUGUCAUUCGAGGGAAAAUACAACGCGAAGAGUCCAGCGGUAAAGAGGUUAAUGAGAGAGGCGCAAGAGCUACACGAGGCUACUGAAGAAUAUUAUGCGUCCCCUCUAGAGGAUAACUUGUUUGAAUGGCAUUUCACAGUACAGGGACCGCCGUCUACCGACUUCGAGGGUGGUGUUUAUCAUGGAAGGAUCUUACUACCACCAGAGUAUCCUAUGAAACCACCAAACAUCAUUCUAUUGACACCUAAUGGACGUUUUGAGAUAAACAAAAAGAUAUGCCUGAGUAUCUCUGGCCAUCAUCCUGAAACAUGGCAACCGUCAUGGAGUAUUAGAACGGCACUGCUAGCUCUGAUUGCUUUUAUGCCUACUCCAGGAAGUGGCACGAUUGGAGCGUUAGAUUACAGCACCGAAGAACGACAAAAGCUUGCUAAAAAAUCACUAAACUGGCAGUGUGAUACAUGUGGUAAAGUUGUAAACUUAUUAUCAAAGAACUCAGUUAAGAAACCUAUCACUGAGGAAGAACAGACUAUGUUGAAAACGAUUGCUCUCAAAGCUGACGACUCACCUUUGUCAGAUGUGUUAUUUACGGAUAAUUCAGGAAAUAUAUCUGAAAGUGAGGUACGGCAUCGUAACGUGGAUGCAAUUCCGGCAGAGAAUGCUGACCGUCAACAACCCGAGAUUAUUUUAAAUCGCGUAGAAACGAUGUCCUCUUCAAACGAUUUAUUUUGGAGUAUUCUUAUCGCUUCUUUAGUAUCCGCAAUUAUUCUAUUAAUCUUACGACGAUUAUUUCUCGUAUAAUUUAUUCUUUUAUGAAAUAUAUAGAAAUACGUCACAAAACACUAAAUUUUAUACACGUUUUACGGUUAUCGUUUCUAGGCUUAUGUUUAUAAGCUUAAGAAAAACUUGUACGUAUUGCUAUCUGAUUUUUUCAUGAAAAUAUGUCUAAUACAUGACGAAAGUAUAUAUGCAUUAGUAUGUUAGUACAUAUCCAUAUUGUUCUCACAAACAGCAUUUGAAUUGUGAUCUUAAUAAAUUUGAUAUUUUAAUUU